CUUUGAGUCAAAUCCUAUUCUAAUAUUUUUUUUAUUUCUCUUUUUUUUUUCUUUUCUUUUUAUUUUUUUAUUGAUACAUUAGACAUGACUGGUCAAAAUAUAUCAACAUCAAAAGCAAAAAGACUAGCAGCUAAAGCAGCCAAGGCAGAAGCAAAAGGAAUGUCAAAAACCGAUUCCAAGACUUCAAAUAGUCCUCUUACACAAUCAAGUACUAACAAUUCUACUGAAGACUUAUCAAUAAACAAACUAAAGAUCAACGUUGAACGUACCGCAACUGGUGUCUAUACAGCUCAAGAACGAAGUCGAGAUUUACGUAUUGAAUCUUUCUCUCUUAAUUAUCAUGGUCGUGUACUUAUUGAUAAUGCAAUCAUUGAAUUGAACUUUGGUCGACGAUAUGGUUUGAUUGGUGCAAAUGGUUCUGGUAAAUCUACUUUUCUAGCAUCAUUAGCUGAACGUGAUCUUGAUAUUCCUGAUCAUAUUGAUACCUACCUUUUGAACCAAGAAGCUGAACCAUCGGAUAUGAAUGCAGUGGAAGUAGUGAUUAGCUCAGCUGUCGCACAAGUAGCAAAAUUGGAAAAACAAGUGGAGGAUCUUCUUGGUGAAGAAGAUGGUGCAGAUAACCCAUUACUAGAUGAUCUCUAUGAAAGAAUUGAAGAAAUGGAUCCAUCAACAUUCGAACCACGUGCAUGCUCAUUACUCUCUGGUCUUGGAUUUACAACGCAACAAAUGCAUAAAAAGACGGCUGAUAUGUCUGGUGGCUGGCGUAUGCGAGUAGCCCUUGCUCGUGCACUUUUUAUCAAACCCACCUUACUUUUAUUGGAUGAACCGACAAAUCAUCUGGACCUGGAAGCUUGUGUUUGGCUUGAAGAAUAUCUCAAAACUUAUAACCGGAUCUUGGUCAUUGUAUCGCAUUCUCAAGAUUUUUUGAACGGGGUUUGCACCAACAUGAUGCAUCUGACUCAUCAACGAAAAUUAAUCUACUAUGGUGGGAACUAUGAUACAUUUGUGAAAACAAAGGAAGAAAACGAUAUUAAUCAAAAUAAAGCCUAUGCCAAACAACAAGAUGAAAUUGCUCACAUCAAGAAAUUCAUUGCUUCUGCUGGUACCUAUGCUAAUCUCGUGCGUCAAGCCAAAUCCAAGCAAAAGAUUAUUGACAAGAUGGAGGCGGCUGGUUUGAUUCAAAAGGUGGAAAACCCUCAUCCGUUCAAGUUUAAUUUUACCAAUGUACAAAAACUUCCUCCUCCUGUCAUGGCCUUUCAAGAUGUUAGUUUCUCUUAUGAUGGCUCUCUUACCAAUCCUUUAUACAAGCAUAUUGAACUGGCUGUGGAUAUGGAUUCAAGAAUUGCAUUGGUGGGACCUAAUGGUGCUGGGAAAUCUACAUUGUUAAAACUGAUGAGUGGGGAACUUAUGCCUACGGACGGACGAGUACAACGACAUACAGCUUUGAAACUAGGAAAAUAUUCUCAACAUUCAGCGGAUCAAUUGGAAAUGGACUUAUCACCCAUUGACUAUAUGCGGAAAAAGUUUGCUCACGAAAGUACAGAAGUGGAUUAUUGGAGAAGACAGAUUGGACGAUUUGGUAUUUCUGGACAACAUCAAACAUCUCUGAUUUCUCAACUGUCAGAUGGCUUGAAAUCACGUCUGGUGUUUGCCGAACUGGCUGUUUUACAUCCACAUAUCAUCUUGUUGGAUGAACCUACCAAUCAUUUGGACAUGGAAUCCAUUGAUUCUCUUGCUCAAGCCAUCAAUCAAUUCUCCGGUGGCGUGGUCUUGGUCUCUCAUGAUUUUCGAUUGAUCUCUCAAGUCGCUCAAGAUAUUUGGCAAUGUAAUCAAGGUCUGGUCACUCCCUUCACUGGUUCUAUUGAAACCUAUAAGGAAUCUCUUCGUCAAAAAGUCAAACUAUAGAAACAAAAAAGAAACAAUAUAUUGGCGGAUGAUCUUGGCACUUUUCUUUCUACUGUAGAUAGUUUACAUUUAGAUUAGUCAAUUUGUUUUAGUUUACCAUGCUGCUCCCUUUUAUAUAUAUAUAUAUCUAUUCCCACAUUAUACGAUCAGUAGUUGUUAUAAAUCAUAUACCUCUUCCUUCUUUAUAUCAAUAAAAGAUGAACUUUAUAUAUUUUUACUUUGCU